CCCAGGUCCGUUGGAAAGGGGCGUUAGAAAUCUGAGCAGGAAUGCGUAGUUUCGUGUUUUGAGUAGCGAAUAGACAGAAAACAUGGAGGACAAGCGGGAUGUUCAAACAUCCAAACGACACGGGAGCUACAAAUCGGUGUUAUCUGCUGGUUCUGCCAUGGCCAUGGAGAUUAAGCGAAAGAAAAUACGCGAAAAUGCUUUCUUCCUACAAAAAGAGGCUAAAUGCAUGAAACGACGCCCAAGCCUUCUGAAAGACACCCUGCAGAUAAUAGAGGAUGUUAAUUUGUUGCACAUACGACAGAUUUCCAAGAAGCUACAUAGUACAAACAUAGAAGAGAAGCUUCAGUUUGAGACGAGAAUGCGCGAGGGGGCGUACAAGCUGCUGGUGGCUUGCAGUAAACGGGAACAAGUCCUCAACGCUUCCAAGAACGUGCUGACCUGCAGCGCCAGGAUCAAGGCCUACCUCGCCCAGCUGCAGCGGGAAGAAGGGGAGCGGGGCAUGGUGGGAGCAGAAAGAAGACUCGCAGAGGGUCGCUCACCAUGUCCUGGGACGGUAGCGGUUACUGGCCUGCGCUUUCCUUUGAUUUGGAGGGAUUCAGACCAUUUUAGUAACAGAGGAAGCUCCCGUCGGGUGGCGGCGUUCUGCCUGAUGCAGAUCGGCUCUGAGGUGUUUGACACUGAAAUGGUCGUGGUGGACAGAUCUGUCACUGACAUCUGCUUUGAGGGACUCGCUCUCUUCAAAGAUGUAGUUCCCCAGUUUGAACUGAAGGUGGAGCUGUGGAGCUGUUCCAUGGAGGAAGAGCUCACUUUACCGAACACGCCAAAGAAACUUGCAAAGAAGCUCCGUAACUCCUUUGGAAGGAGCUCUGGAAAGAAGCUCUGCUCCCUGCUGGACACUCCAGAUCCCGACACCUUCCUGCUGGACAACCCAAUACCUUCGGGAGCCAAAUACAGCCUGCUGGCCUACACAACGCUCGGUCUGCCUGAUGCUGAUAGCAGCUUUCAGUCUCACUCCCUCAUUGUCUACCAAGGCGCUGAGUGGUCAUCCUGGCUUCCUCUGUACGGCAACCUGUGCUGCCGCUUAGUGGCGCAGCCGGCCUGCAUGACACAGAGCGCCAUGAGCGGCUAUCUGAGUCAGAAGCAAAGUGUGCAGGGGGUGAACCGCUGCUGCAAUCUCUACUGUCUGCUGAGCGCCGGCUUUUUGUCCUGUUACUUCACCCCUGAAGAAAUCGAUGCCAAAGUGCAGCCCACUCUUAAUGUGCCAAUCAAUAAUGAGACCCGCAUUUGUGUGCUGGACAAACAGUCAGGCGGUCGCAAAUCCAAGAGUUUGUCCAUCAUCAACCCUUCACCCGAGGGAUCUCAGAGUGUCGUGUUCACAGCAGACACCAGGGAGGAGCUGGAGGAAUGGAUCGACUGCCUCCACCAGCACCUCUACGACCAAAGCCAGUGGCUCCACUGCUGCGACCGCCUAAUGAAAAUUGAGGUCGCAUCACCACGGAAACCAUCGCUUUUCCUCACCAAGCAGGCCGACUCUGUUUACGACGACCUCAGUAUAAAUUCGCCCAACAAGUUUGAGAGCAUCACAGACAUAAUCCACAGUAAAAUCGAAGAGACAGAUGGCCGCUUCCUGAUUGGGCAAGAGGAGGAGAGGGAGCCCCCUAACUGGUCCUCUCUGUUCGAUGGGUCCCACCCUGUGGUGGUGGAGAAGAGCGUUCUGUCCCAGAGCAAAACCUCCACCCCCUGUGCAAGCCCCAGCACCGGCUCCACGCCCCUGGGCAACAAAAAGCGCCGCGCUCCACCUCCUCCUUCCGACGUGAAGCCCUUCGCUAACCCCACCCGUCCGGACAGGCCCCCCCUGCCCUCCUCUCUGCUUCAUCGUCCUCUUCCUCCGAACCAGGAGAAGGAGAACUCCGGCGCGUGCGCUUCCCGCCCAGCCGUCAGGUCCAAAACAGGCCGGCCCUCGCUGGACGCCAAGUUCUCCGCCAUCAUCCAGCAGCUCCAGCGGAACAACGCCGGGGGCGCGGCGGCUCCAAGCCGGAAGAUCGCCCCGCUGGCCGUCCUCGACGUGCAGCCGCAGGGUCCGCCUCAGCCUUCGAUCCAGCAGUCGGACGUCCAGAACCACAGCGUCCAGAUGCCUCAGGAUGCAGCUGACGAUGUGUUUGUCCGAGCCUACAGCGGUCCCGGUCCCGGUUCCGGGCCCAUUCCCGCACCACGCAGCAAACUGAGGAAGUCGCUCAGAGAGAAGAUGAAUCUCAAAGCUUUGUGAUCUAAACCCCUUUUUUUUUCCAAAAAAAUCUUUUCACUUCCAGCCAGACGUUUUACACACACUCAUCGAUGCAUGAAUGUCGUAUUGAGAGGUUCUUUGACUUAAAAUUAAUAAAACAUGAAUGAUUUUCCACGUAGAAUUGGGUGCAAAACUUUGAAUUUACUGUAUGUUUUCUCUGAGUCACACAGGGCCAAAGUUCUACAUGCAGGGUUAAAUUAUAUAGAGACACCUCCAGUAAUAUUUGACUAAAUAUCCUGACAUGUUGAUAAGAAACCACACAAUAUCUGUUGCCAUUAUCACAUUUCUGCUAUUUGGAGUGGAUAUAUAAUAACUUUUCUUAUCAGAGAUCCACAAGUUGCUACUUGCUAACCAAGGCCCAGCUUCUCACCAGAUAAUGGUGAAAAUGAGUUUAGAUGGACUAGAGAAAAUCUACAAUAAAUUCAAACUUGUUCACCUGAAUGUUUUCAAAAAAAAAAAAAAAAAUCAACUUUCACCAAGAAUGGUUCACAUGAAAAGCUGAGGAGGUGAAAACUCACGCAUGUGAACUUGUAGGUAGAAAUGUAUAGAAAAUUAGAAAUUAAAUUAGAAAAUUUAGAAAUGCAUUUGUUGAAAUUGUGCGUCUGUAGCUCGUCACUUGCACAAAUAACUGUGAUAAAACCACUUUAUCUGAUUCAAGUAGCAUUAAAAUCAGACACUUUUAUUGCAUCUCAGUUAAGACUAUUUCAUAUGACGGUUUUUCUUAAAUAAGCACAAAAGUUGAAACUAUAUACCGUAUUUACUAGAAUUAGCAGAUAAACCUUUAUAAAAAUGUUUGAUGGAUUAAAAAAAGUAGUCAUUAAUGUUAGGUAUUCAUCUGAAAUUUGUUAGAGAAUUCAAAUCUAGAGAUUAAGAUACAUAAAGGGGAAAGAUGAAUUUAUUUUUUAUUCUUUUAUUUUAUUUUGUUUUAUGGGAAGUGGUGGAUUUUUAGUUUAACCAACCCUGACCAGGAAGUGGCUGUCAGACAUUCGACCAUUUUUCGAUCAGUGAGUGAAUAAAGUCGGAACAUUACUAGGUGGCGCUGGCAACGAAACCCUUUUGUGUGGAAGGUUUUAACAGGGAAGACGACUAAAAUUUGGCAACUUUUAUUCCAUGUGGAGUGUUUAAAAUUGAGGUCAGAAGAACUACUCAAGAAGCUACUCAAAAGGAAGCUACAUUUUCAGUGACGAGUCUGCGGUUUAUUUAUGGCCCUAGAAAGGAGGAUGGUUGCGAAAGUCACUUUUUAUUAUUACUUUAAACUGUCAACUUUGCCAAAUUUACAAAAUGUUGGGAGUCUUUUAAAAUGCUCAGCAAUAAGAACAGGAUAAUGUUAUGUAAGCAAUAUGCAGACUGCUGCUUGCAUUUAAUAAUGCUAACCAUUCUAAACACUAAUAUGCAAAGAGUUAAAAAAAAAAAAAAAACGGUAAAACCUAAAUUGACAGUGAUUCCUGUUGCGUUUUUAUAUACAGCAGUAAUGAGAUGCUGUAUAUAUUAUUGUUCCAACAGUGAAACUAGAACUGCUUGGUAUUUGUCAGUUUGGUUAAAGCUUUACAGAAAUUGCCACACAAAACUGAUUAUUGCUUCUAAUAAACUCCUGAAUUGUAACAUUAAUAUAAACACAAUCAAACGAUCACUCUGCUAAUACAACACACCGUACAGGUCCUGAGUCAUAACAUCACCGCCUAAAUCUCGGCGCCAUUUAGAUGCUGCACUGAUGGAUCUUCACUUUGCUUUGUUCCUUCAUGUGGCUUAACCCCACAUGUGAGACGGCGUGCUUCGGUUGAGCUGAAACAGAAAGCGUUCCCUCAGCUCUGCGACAUGAAAAGUUUCACAAAUGCACUUAAUUUAAGUUGAUCCAUCUGGGUAACGUGGGGGGACAAGCCGGUGCUUUUGGAGCUACUGACGUCCUCCACUUACUGUGACGACUUUAUGACCACUGCAGCUCGCUUUAAGGAAAGCCAAAUUGUAAGCUAGUAAUGUGACUUCUCUGCCCCCUUCCCCCCCUCCCCCUCGAGGUCUUUAAUAGAGUAACCUUGUUUUUUAGUGGCUGCGCAGUACGUCUAACAUAAUUUAACAUAGCAGCCAAUAAAUGCUCUGAACAUAAUUGAAUGAAUGGGUCUUUUGAGUGGCCUGAAUAAUGAAUGUCCUUGUGCACUUGUUUUGAGCGUACCCAGUACUACAAGCCCCUAAAUAUUCCAGCCACUUAAUGGCAUUGUGUUGAAGAAUGGCCGUCGUAAUUGCAUGCGGAGUACAAAACAUCGCUGAAACUACCUGAAAACACGAGGCAGGACGAGGGAAAGCUAUAGAAGCUAUUUUUAUUUUCCUCCUGCUGUUAUCCUGCAAAUUCAUUUCAAUAGUAGAGAAAGGUUAAAGCUUUAGGAGGCAAACGGGAAUGCCGUUCAUUAUUUAGCAAUUUGCUAGAUGUAUCUUAUAUUUACUGUGAAUCACCUGGUGGUUUCUGUACUGCACAUUCUUCGGAAAACAAAAUAGUUUUUUCUUCAGAAUGUGAAACUUUUUGGGACAAAAGAAAGACUGUGAUAGAUUUCUGCAUUAUUAUUAUUAUAUUUUUUACACAAUUUGCUGCCACAAUUUGUACUGGAAUGCUGCCACUAUCAAAAAUAGUUGUAGUAAAGGGGUACAGCGAAUUGAAAAAGUAGUUUUCAACUAUAACGACUGUAAUAAAAGUGAAUAUUUGUAGUUUGUUCUUAUGACUGAAAUGUCUUUACAAAUGUCAUUUUUAUGCUUCUUUUUGUAUCAGUCUUGCAUUAGUAGUUUAUAGUUUCCAUGUGAUAUAAAAGUAUAUUUAGAUCGUAGGUGUCGUUUCUCAGAAAGUGCAAUCGCUUCUCGCUGUUGUCUUGGCAGCUAUAACCGUGUUUGUUUUAGGAAAAAAAAAAAUAAUACUGCUGAUCUGCAAUAAAGCGACCUACAUUCCA